UGUGAAGUUUCUGACAGGCAGCCAGAGAGUCACGGUAAGCGGCUCUGAGGAGGAAGAUGGCGCGGCGCUGCGCCACGUCUCGGUGGUUCACCGACAUUUAUCCCGUCUUCUUGUGUUUGUGGCUCUAUGUUCCGUGCCCCGCGGAGACCGGACUGUACACCGCCUCCGACCAGAUCUUGUUGUUGUCUCGGGAGAACGUGGACUCGGUUCUGGUGAACUCCACCGCUGCGAUGGUUGUGGAGUUUUACGCGUCGUGGUGCGGACACUGCGUCGCCUUCUCUCCGUUUUACAAAAAGCUGGCCAGAGAUACCAAAGAGUGGAAGCCGGCGGUGAACAUAGCAGCUAUAGACUGUGCUCCAGAGGAAAACAGGGAGGUCUGCAGGGACUUCAGAAUCACAGGGUACCCCACUAUAAAGUUUUUCCACGCCUACUCUGAAGCUGGUUCUCUAGGAGUAGCUUAUCCAGCUAAUAUCCGUGAUGUUCCAGACCUUCGUCACAAGACCAUUGACAGUCUUGAAGGCAAUAAGGAUCCAUGGCCCCCCGCCUGCCCCCCCCUGGAGCCCAUCAGCCAAGCAGAGGUCGAUGUCUUCUUUGAAACCAACAGUGCUCUGCACCUGGCCUUGAUCUUUGAAAAUGCUAACUCUUACAUCGGCCGUGAGGUGACCCUGGACCUGUUACAGUUUGAGAACAUAGCUGUGAGACGAGUCCUGGAUUCUGAGACAAGCCUGGUGACAAAGCUGGGAGUGACUGACUUUCCUUCCUGUUACCUGUAUUAUCCAGGUGGUAACUUUACCAGACUCCGAGUUAACAAUGAAGCUCGCAUGUUCUACACUUACGCCCUCCAGGGGCUGCGGGGAGUGGUGCGUUCAGGGAAGGCCACAGUGGUCCUGACAGAGAUCCAAAGCAACAGCACUAAGGAGCCCUGGAGACAGUUUAACAACUCCCACGUAUAUAUGGCAGACUUGGAGUCAGCGCUGCACUACUCUCUGCGUGUGGAGCUGGCUGCUCAUGACAUCAUCAGAGGAGACGCUUUGAAUGCUCUCAAGAAAUACAUCUCUGUACUGGCAAAGUACUUCCCAGGUCGUCCUGUCGUGGUGAAUUUGUUGAAGACUCUAAAGGCCUGGCUGCAGGAUCAGACUGAAAAUAAGAUUUCUUAUAAGGCGUUUGAAGACGUACUGGACAACAGAGUACAGGUUCCACACACUGCGUUGCCUGAAGGAGUAAGGUGGGUGGGCUGCCAGGGUUCACAGCCCCACUUUAGACGUUAUCCGUGUGGGGUGUGGACACUCUUCCAUGUUCUCUCUGUUCAGGCCAACAGCACCGGAGGCUCAGACCCCGUGGAGGUUCUAAGUGCGAUGAGAAGCUACAUCCACCACUUCUUUGGAUGCAGAGCUUGUGCCGAGCACUUUGAGAACAUGGCACAGGAAGGUCUGGAGCAGGUGGGCACGCUGCCUUCAGCGGUACUGUGGCUGUGGUUCAGACACAACCAGGUCAACAACAGAAUCUCAGGUGACUUGAGUGAAGACCCGUUCUUCCCAAAGAUCCAGUGGCCGUCACCAGAAACGUGUCCAGCCUGCCACACCGUGAAUGAAAAGAGAGAGCACAAGUGGAGCAAGGAUGAGGUUCUCUCUUUCCUGCUGUCCCACUACUCCUCCAGCAACAUCCUUACAGAUUACCUUGAAGAUGAAAACAAGAUUUUGGAAAAGCAAAAUGAAAAACAUCGGCUUCAAAAUUUAGCUUAUCAGAAACAUUUAGAGCGAAAAGCCAGGGAGGCUCCGAACGCCGUAACACCUUCUCCACCAACACCCACACAAGAAGAGGAGGAGGAGGAAGAGGGCCCACAGGAUGAGACAGAGGCUUAUGGAGAAGAAGAAGUAGAAGACGAAGAAGAAGGUGGAGAGGGAGCACCAGCUGCACCAGCCAUUGAGGAGGAGGGUAAAACUGACCCGACUCCUUGGAAAGUGGGCCGCGGCCGGCGGCAGGCUUACCGACCUUCAAAAGUCCCGGGGAUGAAAUUUCGGGAGAGGAGGUACGACCACAGGUUUCCAAGCAUCAUAGGAAUGAAGUUUCGCGAGAAGGCCGACGACAUUGUGGACCUUGACUCUUUUGUCAACCAGAACUUCAAAGACAAAGCUCUGCAGCUGGCUGCGUUGAGUCGGGUCAAACAGCGCACCCUGCAGACGAAGGUGGAGCUGGACCACAAGCCGGUGUUUGGACUCGGCAUGGAGCUGGACACGGCCCUCGGCAUGAUAGGCCUGCAGCCUGUGGAUACAGACCUGGAGCCGAGUCAGCGGGGGCAGCGGCUGCAGAAGCGAGAACUUUCAGGCCAGUACUUUGGAGGGGAGGUGAAGCUGAGUCACAAGGGGCGCUGGAUGUCUUCGUUAAGUAUCGGUUUCUCAAAUCUGGACAUCAGCCUGUGCAUCUUUCUUUACUUCCUGUCCUCCAUGUGCCUUCUAGCCAUGUACGUCUUCUUUAAAAACCGCCUCAGACGACGGCGAGCUAAACCAAAAACAGUGAAUUUUACCUGAACUAAAUUUUAUUAUUUCAGAGAUAUUUUGGGUCACUUUAAAGGGAUGUGCCAAAAUACUAUGCUCCCUGAUUGCAAUCAGAGCGCUGAAGAGGAGCAGAAGGGAAAAAGUUCAGAUAGUUUUAAUUUUUCCUUUUUAUCUGAAGCAUUUUUAGAAUGUUGAAUUCCACGAGUGUUUCAGGCAGCAGUUUAACUGCAAAAAUCUGCACAUCUAGUAGAUGUAAAAUUCUGUUUGUUCCUGUUUGGGUUUUGUGCUUCAGUUAAAGAUAAGCUACCCGUGUGUCUGAACUGAAUUCUCCACUGAUGAAGAAUAAAACCCCUCUGAUCUGGA